AGCAGCAGAGUCGGUGGCGCUGUGAAGAUGCUGAGAUGCUCUGAUCUCGCUCCGUGAACGCGCUCACGCUCACGCCGCGCACACCGAGAUGCGCAUGUGGCUGUGGAGGAGCAGGCGCAUCACCCUAUUUGUCUCUUUAACACUCCGCUGUCAGGACUCUGAGAAGACCUAACGUCUAGCUCAAACUUUCGGGCUGAUCAGACCUGCACACGCCGGGUCUGGUCGGAUUUAACCGCACCGAGUGCCGGCUCUGGCCCAGGCUGCAGCCAUGCCUCUUCUGGAAGAGAACACACUGUCUCAAGAGCAUCCACCUACCCUCCCCGUGGUCAUCAUAGGGAAUGGCCCAUCAGGUAUUUGUCUGUCCUACUUGCUAAGUGGAUACAAGCCCUACCUGGACACUGCAACUGUUCACCCAAACCCGAUUCUGUACAGGAAGCUACAGGAGGCCAAACACCUCCCUAUCACAGAACAGGAUAUGAAAUACUUGAGUGAAGGUCUCGAGGGUCGAUCAAGGAAUCCCAUAGCUGUGCUAUUUGAUACACUUUUACACCCCAAUGCUGACUUUGGCUAUGAGUUCCCACCAGUCCUCAAGUGGAGGAGAGACAAGCAUCAACAAAUUCCACAUCUUGUUUUGGGAAAGGGAACACCUGGGGGUGCCUGGCAUGCAAUGGAAGGCUCCAUGUUGACUGUUAGUCUUGGCAUCUGGAUGGAGCUCCCUGGAGUCAACUACAGAGACUUAACCAAUGGGAAACGAAGAGAUGUAACCAGUGAUAGAGCCACCCCAGAGGAGAUCUCAUCCUACUACAAAGACUAUGUGAAGCUAAAGGGUCUGCAGAAGAAUUUUGUUGACAACACUUACGUGACCUCUGUUCAGAAACUUUGCAGAGGGCAUGAGCAGGAGGGUCUGGAAAAUGGGCAAGAAGAUCAAAGGGUGGUUGAUAGUGGGAAUGGGCACUUUGAGGAGAAUGGCAAAGAGUGUGAAAACAAUGGAGGAGGAGGCACGCUCUGGGAGAUCAGGGGUUAUCGACAAGUACAGAGCGACACUCAUGUCCCCUUCUCCCUGUUUGCUGAGAAUGUCGUCCUGGCCACUGGUGCAUCUGAUUCUCCAGUCAGAUUAGGUGUAGAGGGUGAAGAUCUACCUUUUGUGUUCCACAGCAUCUCAGACUUGGGUUUGGCUGUAAGCCAGGGAAAACUGGAUGUGAACUCUGAUCCAGUUCUAGUUGUAGGUGCUGGUCUAAGUGCCGCUGAUGCAGUUCUAUGUGCGCUUAACAGCAACAUCAGAGUGCUGCAUGUUUUCCGGAAGAACAUAGACAAUCCAGACCUCAUCUUUAAGCAGCUUCCCAAGACCCUGUACCCAGAAUACCACAAAGUGUACAACAUGAUGUCUUCCCAGACCUGUACCAAUGUGGCAUCCUUGUCCUCCUCUAACAGACCCCAGGCAGUUAGCAUUGCCUCUUCAGUAUGUGCCAAAAUGUGCCCUAAACCUCAGCUUUCUGCAGGGAGCAUUGCUGGAGGUUCUAGUAUCAGUCUCUUCCCCGAUUACACCAGUUUCCCUGAACACUGUGUGGUGUCGUUCCAGUCUGACAUGAAGUGUCUGCUACAAGGGGAUAAUUCCCUAAAGGCCUUCAAGAUCUCAAUGGCCUUGGUGUUGAUUGGGACAAACCCAAACUUGUUCUUCCUUAAAUGUCAGGGCCAGUACCUGGGACAAGAUCCGACAAGGCCGAUUUCCUGCAAGCAGAAUCCCAUCGACAUCAACCCUUACACAUUUGAAUGCACCAAGGAGCCAGGGCUGUUUGCCAUGGGUCCGCUGGUGGGAGACAACUUUGUUCGAUUUCUGAAGGGUGGCGCUUUAGGCAUCACCGCCUGUCUGCUGAAAAGACUCAAGAAGAGAGGAAAGCUCAUCAGCAACGGAGGGAACAACUUCAUUUAAAAUUAUCAGGAAAACAUCAGACUGCUCCUAGCACACAGGUUUCAAGGAGAGAAAAAAAAUUGGUAAAACAAAAGCUUUUCUAUUUUUUUUUAUCAUUAAUAUAGUGUUUUACCAUCUAAGCUUAUAGGUUUUAUAUGUUCAUGAAGCCAAAAAGACAUUGGAUGUACACAAGUUUCUAAUGAAACAAAAUACGACAGCUUUUAAGACUUGUCUGACUUCUUGAAGUCUCUAUAGGUUCAGGAUAUUAUGUGCCAAUGGUUUAUAGCUGAUCUGUCAUCUCAUAACAGUAUGGGACCUAGUUUUAAUCAGGGUUAUUUUUCCAUUCACAGCGUGUCUUCAGGCAAUCUACUAACAUUAACAUUAACAUUCAAAGCAAAGGACUGUAGAUUAAAUGUAUCCUGACAGUCAGUACCUACAGACAUAUAAUACAUGGACGCUGCUACACUAACAUAUGUUCUCAUUUCCAAAACAUAUCAUGUCAGUCAUGAGUUGUCUCUUCUCUAUGACAUAAACAAUAGAUAAAUAACCUCUGAUCCUAAAGGUUAAUGCCAAAAAAGGGUCUUAAUGCCUCUGAUUAAUGAAACCGUUCUCUUUUAUUUCAGUACAUUCUCAUUUUGGCCUCAGUUGUAGGUUACUUGCUUAUAUUACAACUUUAAAUGCAUUCUAUGCAAAUACAGUGACCUGCAAAACUAUUCGCAACCCUUGAACUUCAUCACAUUUUGUGAUUCAACUUCAAACUUGAAUGUGUUUUACUUGGAUUCUAUAUGAUAGAUCAACAUAGUUGUAAAGGAGAGGAACUUGAUUCAUGGUUUGUAAAAAAGUCCUAAAGUCAAACCCCUUUAUUCAGAUACCCAUAAAAAUGCCUUCAGAAAUCACCAAGCUAUGGAAAACCAUAGAUUGGUAAUUUCAAUAAAAAUAAAUCUUUUCAGUGAAAGAUUUCACUGAAAAUCUUUUCAGUGAAACAGACUGAGGUUUGUUAGAGCACACUAGUGAAUAUUCAUGAUGAUGACCAGUAGACCAACAAGGCCUUAGGGCUUUUUGAAAAUCACUUUAAAAUCAAUGCACUAUUUUCCUUCCAUUUGACAGUCCUGCACUACUUUGUGUUGGUCUGUCACAUAAAAUCUAAAUAAAAUACACUUAAGUCUGUGGUUGUAACAUGGCAAAAUGUAAAAAGUUUAGUUGGUAUAAAUGUGUUAUGGUAGGUUUUUGUGUUUAUCAUAUCACUCACAAACCCACCAUAAGACUUCCUGUUAGCUUCCAAGUGCAAAUCUGAAAAAGGUUACACUGGUGUUUAUUGGGGCUGCACAGUGGUGCAGUUGGUAGCACUGUUGCCUUGCAGCAAGAAGGUCCUCGGUUCGAUUCUGGGUC